AUGGCUGUCCGCAUGGGCCUCUUUGGGGUUGCGGGCAACCACAAGCAGGAGGACAUUAGCAGCUUGCCAGAGCCAGCACGGAGCGCUCAUUUAUACGCAGCUUGGGGGUCUUUCAACUGGAUAACUCACAUGUCCUUGUUCUACCACAAGCCGGGCCUACAAUGCCCCAACGCCCCGCCCAGGCUGCCGAUUCCUGACGCCAAGAGAAUCACGAAUCAGAGUCCGAUAGUACAGGCACAAGUUCGCAGGCUGAACCUGAUUCUCCGUAUAUGGGAGGAGUGCUCAGGAGUGUUCCCUUGCAUCUGUCAAUGUUGGUCCAUAUCACCUGAGCUGGCCUUGCUGUACAGGCACAAGGGUCCGCUCAAGGGCGAUCGUAGGACUUUCUGCCUUGCAGAACUCAAGUUCCGGGAGCUGCUGGGCUGGAGCAACCGCCUCCCCAGGAGACUAUGUCGAAACGAUCAAAGCCCGCACUAUGUGCAAAUCUUGCAGUAUGAACCCCCUUUAUCCGUUGCUCAGAGGCGACCACUCUGGAGAACGCGUGUAUCGCAUCAGCUUCGCCAGCUGAAACAGCUCAUGAUCAACUACAGGCUUCACUUUGCCUCUUCCCCUUACACCAUCUGGUGGCACACUGCUAUGACAUACCUCGCCAACGCCAUCCUUCAGAAACCGAAAGAAGAGAAUUGCUUCUUUUACUUCCUGCUCUGUGUCUACGGCUACGAGCGACUCCGACCAUGCUGGCGCGUUACCCAGGCUAUUCCGACGGCACUGAUAUAA